GUAUCAGUAUUCACAUUCAGUAAAAUGCUAAAUUAGUAAAAUUGAGGUUAUUCUCGCAUCUGUGGCCUAGAUAAAAAAAGAUAAACUUAAAUUUAACUUUCUUAUCAAAGCAUAUUUCUUUACAUAAAUUAUAAUUGGAAGUAGAUCAAUACGUUUAAAAUGGCAACGUUCUCAAGACUGCACAAAAUAGCCCUCCUGAGUUUAGGCGCGGUUGGUGGCAGCCUCGCGUAUUAUCACAUCGGCAAAUCGGAGAAUAGAUACGACGUUAAAAACUCGUGGACUACGAAUUAUACGCCGAGUGUAAAAUGGGAUAACAAUUGGGACCAUCGUGAACCAGAAUCAAUAGUUAAACCUCCAAAAUCAGGCAAACCAGAAGAUGAAAACAGAUACAACGAACAGAUUGAGAAAGCCAAAACCAAAGCAGUGCGACAUCUCUUCCUCAUCAGACAUGGACAGUAUAACCUGGAAGGAGCCACUGAUAAGGAGAGGAUUUUAACAGAAUUAGGUAGACAACAAGCAGAUCUCACAGGCAAAAGAUUAGCCUGUCUAGGCAUCAAAUGGGACCUAAUCGUUAGAUCGACUAUGACAAGAGCGCAAGAGACGGCAAAAAUUAUAGAGAAGCAUUUACCAAAGGACAUAGAGGUCAAAGACUGCCAGUUGAUAGAAGAAGGUGCACCUAUUCCUCCAGAGCCGCCCGUGGGUCACUGGCGACCAGAACCCAAACAGUUCUUCCAGGACAGCGCGCGCAUCGAGGCCGCGUUCCGCCGCUACUUCCACCGCGCGCCGCCCACGCAGACGCAGGACUCCUACACGCUGCUGGUGUGCCACGCCAACGUCAUACGCUUCUUCGUUUGCAAAGCGCUCCAGUUCCCCCCAGAAGGCUGGCUCCGGAUAUCCCUGAACCAUGGCUCGAUCACGUGGGUGUCGAUACUGCCCAGCGGCAACGUCGUGCUGAGGUCUCUGAGCGAGACUGGACAUAUGGACCCCCAAUAUAUCACCAGCCGAUGUGCCAAGGCAAUAGCAAAGGAUUGUCGCUUACCAUAAGACUAGCGACUGGCCUACUAAAGGUAUAAGAAAAAAAAACUUGUCUUUUCCCACCUAUAUCGCCUACAAAAGCUUACUGGACAUUGUAUAGCUAUUAAUAAAAUCAUUGUGUUCAGUUAUACAAUUUUAAAUAUAAAGCAGCGUCCACACCAAUAAAAAUUGGAUCGCGUCUUAAACCCUGUAUUCAGCUUUAAAUAUGUUCCCCAUAUUGAAUAUUUUUCCACACGAUAAGGAUCCUGUUGGUGAAAAUUUUACAUAGUAAUUUUCAAUGCAUUGUGUAUCAACAGAAAUUUUUAUAGGUGUGGAUGAGCCUUAGUAAAAGAAUUGUUUGGGUAUACCUUUACUUAUAAUUAUAUGGGUGCUACGUAUGAUUAACUCGAAUUAUAUCAUUAGCUUUAAAACUAAUUAAAUUAUGCUUGGGUCAUGGGAUGGUUGUGGGCUAAAUGAUUAUGAUUACUUUCAUAGGUCAAUCUUUUUUUAUACAAUAUAUAACAUGUAUACUUUUUUAGAAGACCUGUUUGGUGUUUACAUGGUGGCAGUAUAUGCAGAAUUUUCUGCAAGUGUAAUCAGUUAGAGCGAAGGGUGCAUGUUUUAGAAGUAACAUUUUACUGUCAAAACGUCAAAUUACUUGACAAUUGAAAAAUCAGCCCUUAAUCUUUUAAACCUUAUAAUUUUGGUUUCUAAUUUUUACGAAGUUUGAUUUGCACUGUCUAAUUGCAUCCUAUAACUUUACUUACAAAACUAUCCAUAUUUUAAUGAACAUUUUUAAAUCUCACUAACAGGAAUCGCUCCCCGAUACCAGACAUAAGAGCCAAUUUAGUAACCUGUUGAUAAACGAAGAUACUUUAUUUUUAUUAAAUUGAAUGUUAUCACUAAGGCCGAGAUUUAUAGAGCGUACUUUGACUUUGCUCAGACUUAAGACUCUGUUAAAACGAGACAGCGUUAUACCUCUGACACCAAUCUAUCCCGUUUUAACCGAACUUAAGUCUAAGCAAAGUCAAAGUACGUAAGUCUAUAGAUCUCAGCCUGAGUAAUGCUUGUAAUGGUGACUAUACACCGCAAGUUUGACAAACUUGUGUGAACAAUCAUUUUGUGAUAGCUUGCACAACUUUCACGUUGUUACACGUUGCUCGUGCAUGCGUGAUUGAAUGUCUGUGUAACAUUAAAUAUAGGUGUAACCAAAACGCUAGCCAAAACGAAAACAGGUGAUAGUACUGAUGAUUACUGAUAAGAUACCAUAGAAAAAACUACGAUUUUUUUUUAAAUUAUGUUUUUUUAAAGUUCACAAUAUGUUGCAAAUAAAACAUCUGACUGACGCUAGAGGUCAUCGAACGUUCCGUAAAUAGGUCAUUCGAAGUCAAUGCACCGUUGUAGGUGGGACAUUGGCCCGAGUUUUGCACGUUAUACAAUGCGGGUUUGAAAAAUACUAAAUCACUAAAACUACAAGAUAAGGCAAAUGGUUAUUACUUAUUAGAAUAGGAUUGUGUUGAUGUAGUAUAAUAAUAAGGCUAAGUUUUACGUUACUAGCGUUCUGUUUACACCUGUAUAAAAUCAAAUGUAUGAAACAGCUAUGUAUGUAGCUAUGUAUGUAGAAGAUUAGUAUGAAACUAGACAAAAUUGUAAGCAAAACCGGUCAAGUGCGAGUCGGACACUUUACCACUGCAAGUUAAUGGGAUUUAGUAAAUUAAUUUUUAUGUUGGUGUGUAAUUCUCCUUUUUUCGUCAUGAUGCUUGUGAAAAAUUAUUAUCAAACAAACGUUCAGACUUGCUUUCAGAAAAUGAUUGUCAUUUAGGCUAUCCAUCACUAACUAUCACCAUUAAAAGUAUUUUUUGCUCGACAUUGACUGGUUUUCCACAUCCUUGACUGAUCGACGAAUACUUUUUAAUAAAUCAAUUGGCGAAAUUUCGGCGAAGGAAAUCGCCACGCGAAACUUAAGAGUUAAGUUUUUUUUGUAAUUGUCGAUCAAAGAUGAAUCCGAUUUGAUUUCGUUCUACUAUCGAUCGACGUUGAUAGAAUGGAUGUGGUUACACCCUAGAACCUUCGAGCAUGUACGUAGUACGCACAUGGAAUCUUACCCGAGAUCUAUAGACCGUACUUUGACUUUGCUCAGACUUAAGUUUCAGUUAAAACGAGACAGAUUUAUGCCAGCGAUAUAAUGCUGUCUCGUUUAAACUGUGCAAAGUCAAAGUGCACUAUAAAUCUCAACCUUAGAAAUAAAAAUAAAAAAAUUAUAUUUUGGCGAGCAAGAUGCUGCUGUUUAAUAUUUUAUAUGGAUCUCGUUCUAGCAAAGCUCCUGUUUCUAAAACUGUUCUGUUCUAAAACGACUUUAUAAAGUGUUUUGUGUGAUAUUGUUUUUAGUCAUUUUAAGAACAAGUGUCAACUAUGUAUUAUUUACUUUAUACUUAUCAUACAAGUAUUUUUUAUUAUAAUUAAGUUUCGACUUAUACUAACCUACAUAUAAAACUGUUAAUGGUAGGAACCACACCUGCAGCGAAUGCUGCCUCUUGAUUGGCUGUGAAAAAAUGUAAUCGGCGAAUCAACCAAUCAAAGGGCAGGAUUGGCUGUCAAUUACGAUAAAGGUGCCCACGCACCACAACUGCACUGCAGCGGAACUGCGCGUCGCGACAGCGCCACGCACGAUAUUCACUCCAGCCGCGACGCGCGUACGUCACUGCCGCGCGGGCUAACCUGGAUGGGGUAUGGCAGUUUUUUAUGAAAGCCCAUACCCCCUUUCCCUUAGCGGCACGGCUUUGACGGUAGCGUGGUAAGUUGCCACGGCCGGAGCCUCCCACCGGACUAGACCAG